AUGAAUUACGCACGGAUGCAACGUCUAGAUAAAUACAACGCUCCUGGACCUGAUGGUAUCACCGGCGCGAUGUACAUUCAAUUCACCGAUACUGUCCCACCACCAUUACUAACGGAAUUACAAGCUAUACUUACAAUUGAUCAAAGAGUUGAUGACUUUGGUGAAUCGGUAUAUGAAGAAAAUGAAUGGAUGGAUAAACAAGUGUAUGAUAUUCAUUCUUUUAUACUUCAAAGAUCGACAGAGAUCAUGGUUUCACCACAUGCCGAUAAAGUUGCCUGUUCAGCACUGUCGUCACUGAUCCACGGAAUGGCUGAAACCAAACAAGCAUUACUGGCGCGUUAUGUCAAGAGAAACGGAAGUUCAGCAUCGAUUGCAUUGCUAUAUCCACAUAUCAAAGCCAACUAUGAAUGUCUCUAUUGUCUGCACGAUCGAGCACUUCAUCCGGAAUCACAACUUCCAAAACUCGAUCCGAUCAUCUCGAAAUAUAUCAAUCCGGAUGAAGCGAUUAUGGAGAAUGCACAAGAUGCAAUAAAGAACUUCCAAACACUGUUUCCACUCACGAAAAUCACCAACUUUAAAUCGGAACCGAAAUAUCGAUGGCAAGAUGGAAUGUUGGUCGAACAACAACAAGAGAUUCGUUUGGAUUCCUAUGUGACAGACGAUACCAACGCAUCGAAGAGGAGAAAUGCAGACGAUCUUGCAGAUUACUCGCUCGACAAGUUGGUUUUGGUUACAUCAAUGAAGCAUUGGAGUGUGUCGUUGAACUUCGUCGUGGAUCUACCAAAGAAUCAGAAUCACUGGUAUUCAGGUGAACUUCGUGAUUAUUACGAAUCAAAGAAUCGUGAUGACUUUUGGCAACUUAUCGUUACAAAUCAGAUCGGAUUGAUCACAAACGAUGAAAGUGAUGACAGUGAAAUCAAAUGA